AUGGCGACGGGCGUUCCCGCAUUGCAACCUAGGUUGCUCCUAGGUUUACAAACCAGAGUACGUGGGAAUGCCCAUUACAUCAGCGAUGAGGAGGUCGUGUAUCCGGUGGGAGGCGUCCUCUGCGUCCACAACAUCAACCAGAAGAAGCAGAAGUUCAUCAAGAUGCCGGAAAAGGGGGCGAAUAUAAGCAUCAUUGCUGUUAGUCAGAACAGGAAGUUCGUUGCAGUUUGCGAGAUUGGGGAGAAGCUCUCUGCGACGAUUUACGAUCCGUGGGUGUUUAAGAAGAAGAAACAGAUUAUUCUACCCACAGACAAGGAAGUUCAAGCCAAGGAAAUCGUUGCUAUUACAUUCACUUAUGACUCUAAGAAUUUGGUGAUAGUUACUGGAGAGCCGGAAUGGUGCAUGUAUGUCUACAAAGUGGAGAAGGGUAAAUUGGAAACUACAUCCAGAGCAAAUAAUAGCAAUGGUACUGGUACAGUUGUUCAAAUUGCUUGUAAUCCAAAUGAUCCGAAUCUCAUUGUUUUGGUUGGAGCAAGUCUCUUCAGAAAUCUGGCUUGUUCGGAAGGAAACUGGAGGCAGUACGGAUUCAACAAAGCCGAGAACAUGACAUUCACUUGCGCUGCAUGGAUAUCCCAAGAUCGCAUCCUCUGCGGAACUGUGGACAGCAAGAUAAUAUUCUUCGAAAACGCCGAUCUUAAGGCAAUAUUUCACAUGAACGAUCUACCUAUGAUGGUGUUGAAGCAAGCGGAGGAAGGCGGCUCCGCUGCGAAUAUGCUCGAAGGCGAACCGUCGACGGUGGUCGGAGGAGGCGGGGAACCCCUGGAGAUAUCCGCGAUGGUCUCGAUAAAUAGGGGCUUCCUGUUUGCGUUCCCCAACGGAAAUAUACUGUUCUACGAGAAGGAGUCUCCGAAUCGGUACAGGAAGAGAAACGUGUUCAGGAUCCCCGACCAUUCAAUCGAACGCGGCGAGGAGGAGAUUACAGAGAUCUUCGAGGAGUUUGCCAACAUUGAUUUGACCACCGUCAACACGAUCAGCAUCAAUGUGUCGGAAGAUCGGUUCAUUGCUACUUGUAACGAAACGCAGAUCUACACUAUGCGAAUCUGGGGACCGGACUUUAGCACAGCCGGUGAACUCUUCAUGUCUGAACUGGGAUUUCCUUUGCAUCAUGGUCCGAUCGGAGCAGCUGCGGUUUGCGCUUGGAAACCCAUAUUUAUGACCACAGGCAUGUGGGAUCGUAGCUUGCGCGUCUGGAAUUACGAGAAUGAAUCGCUGGAGUUGAUCAAGAAGUACACUGAGGAUAUCUUCGGAUGCAGCGUUCAUCCAACAGGUUUAUACGCCGUUGUGGGUUUCUCAGAUAAACUUAGGUACUUGAAGAUUCUCAUCGAUGACUUCGUCUGCGUGCGGGAGUAUCCAAUUAGAGCUUGCAAAAUCUGUAAGUUCAGUACGCUGGGACAUCUCUUUGCCGCGGUUAACGGGAACGUCAUCCAGGUCUACUCCAGCAUCACCUUCGAGCACAUGUUCAACCUGAAAGGGCACAACGGAUUAGUCACAGGACUCUCCUGGGUGCAUGAUGACUACAAGAUCGCAUCCUGCGGUACAGAAGGAGCCGUGUAUGAGUGGCAGAUCUCAACCACUCGCAGGAUCUGCGAGACCUUCAUCAAGUCAUGCCAAUUUGCCGACGUGGCAAUAACCGCUGAUGGUAAAACCAAUUAUUGCCUCGGUACAGACGGGAGAGUCCGGGAAAUUGUCAAUUCCAACGUCCAAGGCGAUAUCACGGUUACCGUUAAUGGUCUGGAUGCUAUCACUCUUGCAAACUCCGAUGGAAUGAUCUUCGCCACUGGUAACAACGGUGUUCUUUACUCCGUUCAGAUGCCAUUCAAUGAUUCAAGCACUUUCAAUGAGUACGUCGUCCACGCAAGCAAAUGCAAUGCUUUGAGGAUAACAUACGAUGAUAAAUUUGUGGUGAGCACAUCAAACAGUUGUGUUUGUCUGUGGAAGAUCCUGAAUGCAGAAGGAAAGCAAGUGAAACUGGACAAGGAGUUUUCACCUUCCACAGAGGUGAUGAUCGAACGUUGCGAUUUGGUGGAGAAGAUGGGUCUCAUUAAAGAUUUGCAAGUGCGAAUGAACGAGCUGCAAACGGAACACGCUUACCAGAUGAGACAGAACGAGGCUGCUCAUAAUGCAACCAUCAAGGAAAUCCAUGAAGGCUAUUGUCUGGCCAUCGAGGAGCUCAAAGAGAAGAACGAGAAUCUCGAGCAGGAGCACAACCAGGAGAUAAGUAACAUAAACUUGGAGAUAAACAAGAUGAAGAGCGGUCACGAAAUGUUCGUGCAGAAGCUCGAGGCUAACUACAACGAGAAGCUCAUCGUCGAGUAUGAUAAGUUCAUGUUGCUCGAAGAGAAAAUGGGAAGGAUGAGAACGCGUUACGAUAAUCAGCUGGAGGAUUUGGCGGAGGCGAAGAGGACUUCCGAGGAGACCAUCACCAAUAAUUACGAGCAACAGCUACGCGAAAAAGAAGUCCAUUUGGAAGAGCUUGUUGAGAAAAUCAAUCAAACUGUGAAGGAGCACGACGCAAUCACGCAGCAGAUCGAAGACGAUGCCGAUCGUGAGAUCUUCGAAAUAAAGAGCCAAUUUGAGAAAGAGCUUCGCGAGGAGCAGGAUUUGAAUGUGAAACUGCGCAGCGAAACUCAGGCUAGUAAAAAGAAGUUGCAGGCUUCGCAAAAGAACAUCGACGAUCUGAAUCAUACCGUGCACAUGCACGAGAUUGAGCAGCACAAGCUGAAGACGGUAAUCUUUGGUUUGGAAGGUUCCAUCGGUGAUUUGCGUAAGGAGAUUGUGGAAAGAGAUUCGACAAUUCAAGAUAAAGAGAAACGAAUUGCGGAAUUGAAGCAUAAGAAUCAAGAGCUGGAGAAGUUCAAGUUCAUAUUGGAGUUUAAGAUUGAUGAGCUGAAGGCCCAAAUUGAACCUAGAGAUAGGACUAUUCGGGAGCAAACUGAGCAAAUCAACGAUAUGGUUAAUGAGCUCGAAAACCUACAGAAAAUCAUCCUUAGUUUGGAGCUACAGUUAACCGAAUUGAGGGAAAAACUGAAAGCCGCUGAUAACGAAAUUAAACGGGAAAUUGUCAAGAAUCGAGCGGCCAAAGCGAGCUUGAAAACGAUCAAAACCGAAAUCCAUAACGCGAGUGGUUUAUCCCAAGAAAUACCCAAGUUACAAAAGGCUGUGCGGGAAAUGUAUCACAAGUACAAUGCGGAUAAGGAUUUCGCCAUCGCGCAUGCUGAAGACAACGAGGCCAAGAAGGAAUUCUUGAGGCAACGCGACUUCUUGGAGCGGACUGUUAAAGCGCUGAAAUCGCAAGUCUCGAAAGCUCAAGUUUAUAGCGGAGAGAACCUGCGAUUGCUCGAACAGAACUCUCUGCUAAUUACCGAGACAAACAAUCUGAGGAGGAAUUUGAAAGUCGAGCGAGGCAGCAACAAAAAGAUGAACGCCCUCCUCGGAUUGAGCAAACAAUGCAGCCUCGCCGAAUCCCAGAAGAAGUUGGACAUGGCCGUUGCAACGAGAGAAGAGAUUCGGAAUGAAUUCAGUGCUAAAAUUGACGUGAAUGAGAAAUCCAUCGCGAUAUUGCAAGAUGAAAAUACACGACUCCUCGAGAAAAUUACCGAAGACAAGAAUGAAGAUUGACUUUAUUAUUCAA